AUGGAAAAUGGAAUUCAUAGACAAUCUUCUAUAAGGGAAAGGUUAAAAAAUUCAAUAUGUUGCUUCACGGGAAAUAUGCAUCAUUAUCAUAAUCAUGAAUCAUUUGAAGAAGGUGAAGGAUUAUGCAACAAAUUACAUAUACCAAGAACACCAAUUUCACCUAUAAGCUCGUCAACUUCAUCAUCCCCGUGGUUCAAGAAAUCACCAACUAAUAAUGGAAGUGAUUUUUCAUAUAUUAAAGGUAGAAGUCAUAAGUCACGUGUUGGUCGCAAACACAAUCAUUAUCGUCAAUCACAAUCAGCUGAUUUUAGCUACGAUCCUUCUAGUUAUGCACUCAAUUUUGAGAAUGAAAGUCCUCAUGAGGAUUUUCCUUUUCAAAAUUUUAGCUCUCGGCUACCUCCUUCUCCACCGUCUUCUUCCUCGAAAAUUAAUUACUCCGAUGAACUUCCAAAGGAGAUUGUUGGGUUGAGUUGA